AUGCUUUCCUCGCUUUUUCACCUGGCACUCCUCACCCAAAUGCGCAAGUGCCACCACUGCCAAUACCAUCCCAUCGUCAAAGUCGCUUUUUUGGCUCCUGGGAUGAGCUCCGUCAUGACUGGAUCCCACCCUAGGCAGGAUACGGGCGCGGCGCCGAUGGCGAUGGAGGUGGAGGGGUGCACGUACACUGAUGCGUGGGGUGCGAGUGGGGUGGCUGUCCCCGUCCCUGCUGCUUCUGGGGGGGCUAGGGCUAGUAGUAGUGGGGAUGGGGGGACUGAGCGCGUGUUUGUGCAUACGGGGACGAGGACGAGGAAUAAGGCGCAUGCGACUGCUGGGUGA